ACACACACACACACACACACACACACACACACACACACACACACACACACACACACACCCACCCCUCAGUGUCCAUCAUAUAUCCGAGGGAGGCGUUAUUGUCCAGUGAUCGCAGAGCAGCAGGUGAGCUUGUCCGCUGUGACAGGUACCCAGCUCCGGUUCACUCUGGGACAGCCCGGCUCUCUGCUCAGCAGCACUCUGAACUUCAGUCUCCAGACGUUGCCAGGAUGUGCAAACAGUACGCCACGGUGGGCCACGGCGAUGAGACCGCCGCCCUGAGCGUGACCACGGAGAACGGCCGCCAGCACAAGCGUCUCCGCUACGUCCGCAAGGAGGGCGGCUGCAACGUGCUGUUCCGCCACGUGCCCGAGCCCUGGCUGCUCUACGUCACGGACAUCUUCACCACGCUGGUGGAGAUCCGCUGGCGGGUCAUGUUCCUGAUCUUCGCCCUGUCCUACAUCCUGUCCUGGCUGUUCUUCGGCAUCCUGUACUGGGUCAUCGCGCUGGCCAACGGGGACCUGCGCGGCGAGCUCAACGACCCCUGCAUGUACCAGGUGCGCAGCUUCACCGCCGCCUUCCUGUUCAGCCUGGAGACGCAGACCACCAUCGGCUACGGCUUCCGGGGCAUGUCGGAGAACUGCAUGGUGGCCAUCGUGGUGGUGACGGUGCAGGACGUCAUCAGCUGCGUCAUCGACACCUUCGUCAUCGGCAUCGUGGUGGCCAAGAUGGCGUCGGCCCGCAAGCGCGCGCAGACCAUCGGCUUCAGCCACUGCGCCGUGGUCAACCUCACCGACGGCUUCCUGUGCCUGUCCUGGCGCGUGGGCGACUUCCGCCGGAACCACAUGGUGGAGGGCACCACGCGCGCCCAGAUGGUGCGCUCCACGCUGCACGCCACCGGACGCGUGGACGUGACCUACAAGGACCUGGAGCUGAGGCAGAGCGACAUCAUCCUGGUCACGCCCACCGUCAUCACGCACCGCAUCGACAGCCGCAGCCCUCUGUACGCCAGCACCAUGGAGGACCUGGCCAAGGACGACUUCGAGCUGGUGGUGUCCUUCACCUACACCGACGACUACACCGGCAUUCUGCACCAGACGCGCACCUCCUACAUCCCGCCGGAGAUCCUGUGGGGGCAGCUGUUCCAGGACAUGAUGCUGGUGACGCGGCGCCACUACCGCGUGGACUACAGCAUGUUCCACCACACGGCGCGCGUGCUGGUGCCCGUCAUCAGCGCCGAGGCCUACGAGCGCAGGAAGCUGCUGCAGCCGUCGCCGCGCCACUCCCCGCGGCGCUCUCCACGCUUCUCGCUGCGCGGGUCCCCCUCGCCGCCGCCCGGCCACUCGCCGCACCACUCGCCACGCCACUCGCCGCAUCACUCGCCGCGCCACUCGCCGCGCCCCUCGCCACGCCCCUCGCCACGCCCCUCCCCGCCGCCGGACGGCCGGGGGGCGUGCCUCAAGCCGCCGUCGGUCACCGUGGAGCUGGUGAGGGACGAGGUCUUUGAGGCGGAGCCGGGGGCGGAGCUGGAAAAGACCCUGACCGAGGAGGAGUACCGGCAGCACCACCAGAACACUUUGUGCCCGCCGGCGGAGCUCAGCCACACAUGACCCUGAACUCAGCAGGAGGAGGAGGAGGAGGAGGAGGGAGGAGCAGCACCCAGGGGGCUGGGAGACAGGGCACCCAGGGGUGCUGGGUGGGAGACAGGGCACCCUGGGGUGCUGGGUGGGAGACAGGGCACCCUGGGGUGCUGGGUGGGAGACAGGGCACCCAGGGGUGCUGGGUGGGAGACAGGGCACCCUGGGGUGCUGGGUGGGAGACAGGGCACCCAGGGGUGCUGGGUGGGAGACAGGGCACCCAGGGGUGCUGGGUGGGAGACAGGGCACCCAGGGGUGCUGGGAGACAGGGCACCCAGGGGUGCUGGGAGACAGGGCACCCAGGGGUGCUGGGUGGGAGACAGGGCACCCAGGGGUGCUGGGUGGGAGACAGGGCACCCAGGGGUGCUGGGUGGGAGACCGGGCCACCAGGGGUUCAUCACUGAGAGAUUUAGGAGUUGAGUAGAAGCCAGAAGAGGAAAGUUAGUUAGUUAGAAAAGGUGUAUUAUUUCUAUGUUGUGGGAUUUAUUUUCGAAUAGGCCUAUUUCAUCCCAAAAAAUAAAAGGUUGGUUAAUGUAAAUGUACAACUUGAUUUGUGAAAUGUUUGAAUGUUUUAUGGUGCAGAUUUAAAGUGUAAAUACUGUGUGUGAGCUUGUGUCUGGGUUGCUUUGUAUGAACAACAGGGGGAGAGGGGGGGGGGUUCAAACGUACCCCCACUUAUAGGCCUACCACAGAUACCAAAAGUGAUUAGACCUCUGUUACUCUCAUCUAGAACUUUAUAAUUUUUUUAUUGACUUAAUCUUCUGUAAUUAAAAAUCAGGUCGAUUUGUAUUUGACCAUUACGGGUAA